CCUGUUCAGCGACGACGUCCUCGCUCACGGAUUCCGGGUCGGGUUAGUUAACUCAAUUCCGGAUGAUUUCAUUAUUAUGGCGCCCAUCAAAGGGAACACUGGGGGAUUCAUAAGGAAUUUCUGUUUCGGAUUAUUCUUUGGAUGCUGUAUAACUUACGCCACAGUGAAAUAUUCACGCUCAAACGUGCUUCGAACUUCGACUAUUAUUGCUUCGGAUCCCCUCCGUAAAGACUCGCUGCUGCAGCCCGACGGGCACGUCGUCGUGGACGAAGGCAACAGAGUUCUGGAAAGCGAACUGAAACAUUUUGAAGACUCUCAUCACCAUGAAUUUGUGGGUCAGGAUGCCAUUGCACAAGUCCUUUAUGAGAAGGUUCGUAUUCUUUGCUGGGUCAUGACAGGACCUCAAAACAUUGAUACAAAGGCUGUUCAUAUCCAUGCCACUUGGGGAAAGCGGUGCAAUAAGGUCAUUUUCAUCUCCUCCGAACCAUCGGACAAAGUCCCCAUCGUGAAGGUAGCGACUCAAGAAGGGCGGGAUUUCCUGUGGCAGAAAACUAGAGGAGCUUUCCAGUACCUCUACGACAAUCUGCUUAACGAUUAUGAGUGGUUCCUGAAGGCAGAUGACGACACAUUUGUCAUCGUUGAGAACCUGCGCUACUUCUUGUUGAAGUACAGCCCAGAUACGUCCAUUUACUUCGGUCACAAGUUCAAGCCCUAUGUGAGGCAGGGUUACAUGAGUGGAGGUGGUGGAUACGUGACCAGUAGACAAGGUGUGAAGAAUCUGGUAGAGAUUGCCUUUAAGGAUCCUAAGAAAUGUUGGAGUAUGGACCACAGGGGUGGAGCGGAAGACGUUGAGAUUGGCAAGUGUCUUGAAAACGCUGGUGUGGUUGCUGGGGAUUCUAGAGAUGCCUUGCAAAGAAAUCGUUUCCAUCCGUUCCAACCGGAAGCACAUCUCAAUCCCAAUGGCCUUCCUGAGAACUUCUGGUACUGGAAUUACAUCUAUUAUCCACGAAAUGAGGGAUAUGAAGGAUGCUGCUCAGAUUACUCGGUAACAUUCCACUACAUCCCACCCGCUGCGUUGUACAACCUGGAAUAUCUUGUGUACCAUCUGCGCCCCUUUGGUGUGGGAACGUUCCCGUGUCCAGUAGAUGUACCGAAGGAGAUCCUCCAAGAGGCACGUUCAAGGCAACUAUCGCAGCAUCAAGGAGAGCAAUUGCAGCAUCAAGAACAACCACCUGAGGAUCAGGAAGAGAAGAAUGUGGAGCAAGGAAAACAGUUGGGUCAAGAGAAGCAGGAGGAAGCGGGACAGGAGGAGAGAGAGACUCAGCUGAAACAAGGAAAGGAAUCAAAUGAGCAAAUGGUUCCCGAAAAACCUAAAGAAACGGAAGCGAAAGAAUCAGAACCAAAGAAAGUAGAAACAGAACAGAAUCCUGAUGAGACAGGCCAAAAUAAAGAAGACACCAUUCAAAACCAAGUGAACAAAAAUGGAACUGAUGAUAAAAAGGUUCCUGUUAGAUGAUCAAGGGCUGUUGAAUUAGAGUGUGUAUUAUGAAUUAUAAAUUCUAAGCAAGUCUUAAUCAAAGAAUAUUUAUUUUAUUGCAAUAUUUUCCUCAAAACAUAUGAUCUUUUUGAGAGAGUUUAUCAUGCUAGAAGAUGAAGCGCAAUAAUUAAGGUCAACAAAAUAUUUGUUUAAUUGGAUAAAGCCUAUUAGAAUGUAGUUUUUUUUUGCAUGAAAAUGCCUAUUUUCUUGCAAAAUUUGUAGCAUGGUGUUUACCAACGAUGGUAAAGUUAUUGUUGAUGUUUUAAAUGUUAUACUUGUUGGCAUUCAUUCGAACGGUUGUAUCAGUCAAUUUUGAUUUUAAAAAAUAAUUGAUUUUAAGAUAUUAAGUCCUAUUUUAUUCCUAUAUGAAUUUUAGGCAGCAAUGUAUUUUUGUUUCUGAAAUAUGACUGGAUUUUCAUAGUAAUGUCAUACAAAUUGUUGAUAAAAUGCGCAAAUCCCAUUGAAAACCUGUACUGUAGCAAAGCAAACAACAGCUGCGCGCUCUUAAUAUGCAAAUGCGCAGUCAGCCAAAUGUGUGAUACAAUGGUUCAGAUGACCGCUGACAAUGUAUGCAACAAAAUAUGUUUUGGGGCUUGAUUUUUACAGGUGAGUGAUGCACUAAUAAUUCUUCAUAAUGUGUCCUUUGGUUUAAAAGAUACACUGGGUGAUUUUGUGUUGGUGUUGGAAUUUGGAUUGCUUCCCCUAGCCCCAAAAGCUAUUCUAUUCAGAUCACAUUAUUGACAUCUCAAAAUAUGGUGAGUGGCUUUUCGGGACCAUCUUCCCUUUUGAUAAUAUUUGGUGUUAUACUCGUGUAAAAAUUGACCUAACACCAACACCAAUUGGUCAGCACUGAACUUGAAAUCACCCAUUGUCAUAUGAAAGGAGUAUGCCACUUUGAAGAUGAUUAUAUCUGAAAUAGGGUAAAAUUCAACCAGCAAAAGUUGAAAUCUAAUCAAAAUUUGAUAAAAAAUUAAAGUUAAAUCUUUAAAGUUUAGUGAUACAGUAUUUUGAGGAAAUAAUAAUUAUAUGUCCAUUUAUAUGGUGCAGUUACUAUUUGCAUAUACUCAACUGCGCUUUGAUACUGUUAAAUGCAUGGCGUCCUGAAUUCGCAGUACCGUAAAGUGAGCUGAUGAUGUUAAUGCCAGAUUCCUUUUCCUUAUUGAAUUACGUAAAAGUAUCUAAUAUUUCAUACGUGCGUAGGUGUGUGAAACAUGUCUCCAAUAUACAGUUCCAGCAGUGGUAAUCUAACUCAUUACUGCGAUUAUGCAUCAAAUCAGUUGUCAUUCCCGUUUUUACAUUUUAUGGAGAAAAAAGGGCAUGAAUGUAAUAUCUUAUAAUAAGAAUAAGGAAAAGACAUCAUCAGCUCGCCCUUUGCAUUUUUAUAGCGACGUACAUAAAACGAAAAUGAUGCAA